AUGAUAGAUGAAGACACAACACAUUACGUGAUCAACCGGAGAUAUUUCGAUUACUCGGCAGUUCUAAAAAUCUCCCGUCACUACUAUUCCAUCAGCCGUACCGUCCGACUCACGUUUCCCAUAACGGGUCAAUUCCCCAGCGGCCACCUCGACUACAACGAAGCCAUCUCCGCAUACGCCAAGCGCGAGACGCUCGAAAAAACGGGCCUGGUGGUCAAGGUCACCAGGCUUGUUGCCGUCACCAACUCCGUCUUCUCCGACGUUGGCAAGCACUUUAUCACACGCUGUUUGUGUUCUGCGAGCCCGUGGAUCUGGAGGCCAACCCGCAGCCUGCAGAACCUGACUAACUGGUCAAGGCCCAUACGCGGACUGAUCAUUGGAAAGGAUCACGAGACCUGCUCCAAGAGGUUCUAG